AUAAUCAUUGGUAGUACUGGCACCGUUAGGACACCAUUUGGGCAGAUAAAGUGGCGCUCUGCGCAUGCGCAACCCCUUUUCUGCUCCGGUAUCACAACAGAGCGACAAGAUGUUGAUGCCCAAGAAGAACCGUAUUGCCAUUUACGAGCUCCUCUUUAAGGAGGGUGUCAUGGUGGCCAAGAAGGAUGUUCAUCUGGCCAAGCACCCAGAGCUGGCUGACAAAAACGUGCCCAACUUGCACGUUAUGAAGGCCAUGCAGUCCCUCAAGUCCUGUGGGUACGUCAAGGAGCAGUUUGCUUGGCGGCACUUUUACUGGUACCUGACCAACGAGGGCAUCCAGUAUCUGAGGGACUUCCUGCAUCUGCCCCCAGAGAUUGUGCCAGCCACCCUCCGCAGGCAGACUCGCCCUGAGACUGCCCGUCCCAGACCUAAAGGUAUGGAGGGUGAGAGGCCUGCUCGCCUGGCACGCGGUGGUGAAGCCGACAGAGACUCGUACAGACGUUCUGCAGCACCCCCUGGUGCUGACAAGAAGGCUGAGGCUGGUGCUGGUGCUGCCACAGAAUUCCAGUUUAGAGGAGGAUUUGGCCGUGGAAGAGGACAGCAGCCUCCACAGUAAAUCCACUGUGUUUCUGUAAAAUAAAAACUGAACUUUGA